AUGGAUCCUCCGCAGAGGAAGCCCAGGCCCGAACCAUCCUCCGCCGCCGCGAACCACCACCUCCGCCACCAGCCGCCGCAGCAAGUCCACCCCCUCCCAGAUCCCGCCGCGGCCCCGCCCUCCUCCACCAUACAGAACAUCUCCCACCGCUUCUCGAAGCUCUACGCGAGCCACAGGAAGCUCGCCUCGAAGCCCGGGUCGCACCCUCAGCCCGACCCGUUUGUCGCGGCCCACAGAAAAGAUCUCACCUUUUUUCCAGUUUCAGACUCCUCCUGCACCACCCUGACGAAAUCGAGCAGCCAGAAGGAGAGGAACCCGAACAUCAGCCUCAGCUCGGCCAUUGUCAAAAUCUUGGAGAAAAAGGAGAAAAAUCAGAGGAAUUACUACUUCGACACGAAACCCAAUGUGGACGAGAAAAGCGGUUUGAGGAAGCCGUCUCGCGACAGGGACGCGAAGAAAGAUCUGUCCUUCGUGCCGUCUGAGGAUAUUUUGAGGGGCUUGGAGAGAAUCGACCAGUCGAAGAGAGUUGAAGAAGGGGUGGGCGAGGGGAGGAGGAGAAGCUCUGUGUCUUGUCUCCCGCCGGUGGUCAAUGGAGGAAGGAGGAGGUCGUUCUGCAACUCGCAGGUUGAGCUGGCGGACUUCUUGUCCAGCAGCGGUGUGAAGGUUGUGUCGGUGGAUAUGCCGCCGUUCAUGCAGAUUCACGCCGUGGAUUGUGCGAGGAAGGCCUAUGAUAGCCUGGAGAAGUUCACCGCCAAGACUCUAGCUUUCACACUCAAAAAGGAAUUUGAUGGGGUCUAUGGACCGGCUUGGCACUGCAUAGUGGGGACCGGUUUCGGUUCAUUUGUGACACAUUCAGUGGGUGGUUUUAUGUACUUCUCUUUGGAUCACAAGCUUUACAUCCUUCUAUUCAAGACCACAGUACAUAGGGCAGAAUAA